GCAUGCAUCAGCAUUAGCCGCCCGGCCGGCGACUACACGGCACACGCCACCAGACUCGUCCACGUUCACGCACAGUGCGCGUUACCUUCCUGCGGAAUUUACUACAGGAGGCAGAAGUCCCCCGACGAGGGAUUCUCACAAGGAAAAUAAUGAACAACAAAUUUGACGCCCUGAAAGAUGAUGACAGCGGCGACCAGGACCAAGGCUCACCGAAAGAUGGCGAGAAGGUAAAAGCUGAAGAUGAUGACAAGGAGCAAAACACCAUGAGGAAAAAGGUGGUCAUUCCAGGGGCAGGUGAGCACCCUCUUCAGUACAACUACACAUUUUGGUACUCGAGGCGGAACCCAGGGAGGCCGGCCAGCACUCAGAGCUAUGAGCAGAACAUCAAACAGAUCGGCAGCUUCGCCUCGGUAGAGCAAUUCUGGCGGUUUUACAGUCACAUGAUCCGACCCGGUGACCUAACGGGCCACAGUGACUUCCAUCUUUUCAAAGAAGGCAUCAAACCAAUGUGGGAGGAUGAUGCCAACAAGAUGGGUGGAAAAUGGAUCAUCCGUCUGAGGAAAGGCCUAGCGUCGCGGUGCUGGGAGAACCUGAUCCUGGCCAUGCUGGGCGAGCAGUUCAUGGUCGGCGAAGAGAUUUGCGGCGCCGUGGUUUCGGUUCGGUUCCAGGAGGACAUCAUUUCCAUCUGGAACAAAACGGCGAGUGACCAGGCCACCACGGCCCGCAUUCGAGACACUUUGCGACGAGUCCUCAACCUGCCCCCCAAUACCAUCAUGGAGUACAAGACACACACAGACAGCAUUAAGUAUAGCCUGGGAAGACUUCCAUGGUCUGGUGAAUGCUAGCGGCGGACGUUAGCCCUCCUGCUGCCACAGACAUCUACAAGGUGUGUUGUAAUGUAAAGUUGCUGUGGUGACCGGAGAGGGUGUAGAACAUGUCCGGGUGGAGAAGGAAAGAUACCCUCUGCGUGGAUUGACCCAGCGAAGGCCAGGAACAAAAGACAGGAAGAACAUUCCUCCUUUGUGUCCGCUCGAGAGCGAUUGGAAAGCCCUUUGAGCAGAUGAGAAAAUUUUUCUAACCACCCAGAAAGGACCGAUGCCUCCGAAAUCAUUUUUUUGUUUGUUUUGUUUUCCUUUAAUCUUACUUUUAUAGUACGAUGUAACACAAUUGAACUCAAGAGCUAACGUUUGACCUUUCCGCUAAUAUGGUCAUAAGGGCAAUGUUCAAAAGAGUUUUUUUGGGCUAAAUUUGUCAACUUUUCCUGUUUCGCGGUGCGUUCACAUGAAAUGACUUACUGUUCUCGGGACUUCAACGGAGUUUGUGGUAAAUGUUCUUUUAAUACUGUGCUGUAUUUUAACGACAAUUCAUCUGUUUAUUUCCAAGUUUCUACUGUUACAUCCUGAAAGAUGAAUUAUUUAUCCAAUGAAUUCCGCAACGAUUCUCCUUCUCUGACCUGGAAGUGGAAUUCUAGAGGAGAAAGAGGAAGGACGGUCAUCUUAUGAAUGGACUGAUAAGCUGUUCUUAAUUAAUCCAAGAAAUGGACGACACGUCAAUGUUGUGGAGGAGCUACAAAAGGGAAGUUCUCUGCUUUUAUCGCAUUAUAGACCAGUUGGGUGAAACGCCACUCAAGUUUCUUUAUUCCUCGAUUGGGAAACUGUAACACCACCUGUGUUACGUGUCAUGGUCAUCGGUACUGUUGAUCAAAAUAUGAGGAAAGUGCGGUCGGAUGUACGCUUGGUGGAUAAAAGCAAUAAAUGAAAAAUUAUGCAGCUGCUACAAAGAAG